CAAAACACUCGGGCGCGGAUCGUUGGCGUUGUAAACAACGUGUAGCGAAAUGUGCCAAACCAAACCCGAGUUUGAUAUGCACGAGUUUCUCGACAUGGUCGAAACGUCUCCUUUCCUGUACGACAAGCGUCACGAAAACUUUAAAGACAGAAAUCUGAAGCGAAAGAUUUGGAACGAAGUUGGAGAGCACUUCGGCUUCGAAGGACCUCAUGGUUCGGGAGAAGUCGCUAAAACUAAGUUUAGGAACGCCAGGGACAAGUACACCAAAAUCAAGACUGAAAUUCGGACUGCCAAACGACUAAAUGUCAACGGUGUUGUCAAAGUGCCGUGGCCUUACUUCAAGAAGCUGCAGACGAUGGUAGAUCCUGGAUUUUCGUGGAAAAUAACUCAGAAAAAUUCUGCUGUCGCCUCCAUUGUUCAAGCUAAGCCGCCGACUUCACCUCAUGUUGUUGUUCUGAAAAACGAUGGCGUCACCUGCAACACCCCCACCUUGAGGUCCUCACGUGUGCCCGCCCCUGCCAAACCUGAACCCAGUACAGAUUCAAAUCCAGAGGAUUCUGCCGUCCUUGAUGCUGGUGAGCCUACUUCACCCCAUGCUGUAGAUUUGGAAGAUGGCGCCGACGUCUCCUCCGUCGCUUCCCCCGUGGCAUCUCCGAACAUACCCGCUCCCACCGCACUGGCACCUGCUCCCGAUUCGGACCCCCGCCGGGAGCCACAGCCGGAAGAAGACGCAGUUGCAGAGUCCGAGGACAUCCACGCGACUGUUGCGGAAACUGCGACGUCAUCGGCAGACGUCCCCAUCGUGGCUGCCCGUAACCACAGACACAAAGACCCAAAGAGCUGGCCAAGUGCUAUGCAUCUGUCUACAGAACCUUAUCAGGAAGUGGCACGGUUUCCUGGUGAACACUUGGAGGCGCCGCAAGAAAGGCGUCGGGACCAGGAGUGGCGCGACUCCAGCCCCAUUCACCUUCACUGCAUGCUGGUCGCCUCAAAGAUCCGGAGAAUGGCUCCAGAGGAUCAGAUCGACGCUCUUCACGAAAUCGACCAAGUCGUGUACCGCUACGAGAAGCGUGCAGUUCGGAACCUCACCACUAGCGAACACAACUAUUCUUGAACUUGUUCUCGAACUACCGCGUGAGUGAAGGGGAUUGUUGGCCUUUUGAGGUGACUGCUUAAAGCGAUUCAUUAACACAGGGGCUCUCGUACUCGGUUUUUAAGAACAUAGAAGUUCCCUAGCGAAUCCUCAGGGGUUCCCCGGACACCCCCAGGGGUUCUCCAGAGCAUCCUCAGGGCGUCUCCAGAGCAGCCUUGGGCGGUCUCCAGAGCACCCUCAGAGGUUCUCCAGGGUACCCUAGCCUAAGGGAUUUUCCAGAGCACCCUCAAGGGGUUCUCCAGUGCAGUCUCAGGGGCUCUCCGGGGCACCCUCGAGUGUUUU